AUGGAUAGACUGAUGAGAGAACUUGACAAUGCAUCUUUUCUUCUGGCUCCUUCCACCAGCGCCUCACCUUUGGACCCAUUCUUGCGUCCUCUGGAUUUCAUUGAGCCUUGGAACUUCCAUCUGAUUUCUGCCUUGAUGUUUGUGGUGACUUCCCUGUCUCUGUCCGAAAACUUCACGGUCAUCCUCGUGACUCUGAAAUUCAAGCAGUUGAGGCAGCCCCUCAACUAUGUCAUCGUGAACCUCUCUGUGGCCGAUUUCCUUGUCUCACUGACUGGGGGCACCAUCAGCUUUCUAACGAACCUGAAGGGUUAUUUUUAUAUGGGCCGCUGGGCAUGUGUGUUGGAAGGUUUUGCAGUCACGUUCUUUGGAAUAGUUGCGCUCUGGUCACUUGCUCUGCUUGCGUUUGAGCGCUACAUUGUGAUUUGCCGCCCCCUUGGAAAUAUGCGGCUCAGGGGCAAGCACGCGGCUCUGGGGAUUGCCUUUGUGUGGGUUUUCUCCUUUAUAUGGACCAUCCCUCCUACAAUGGGGUGGAGCAGCUACACGACCAGCAAGAUUGGAACUACCUGUGAACCCAACUGGUAUUCUGGGGACUACAAUGAUCACACUUUCAUCAUUACAUUCUUCACCACCUGUUUUAUACUGCCAUUACUGGUGAUUUUGGUAUCCUAUGGGAAAUUAACGCGCAAACUUAAAAAGGUUUCAGAUACUCAAGGCAGAUUAGGCUCUACACGAAAGCCUGAAAGACAAGUUACUAGAAUGGUUGUUAUUAUGAUCUUUGCAUUUUUAAUCUGCUGGUCUCCAUACGCAGCCUUUUCAGUCUUGGUCACAGCCUGUCCUUCUAUUGAAUUGGAUCCUCGUCUUGCUGCAAUCCCAGCUUUCUUUUCAAAAACAGCUACAGUUUAUAAUCCAAUUAUCUAUGUCUUUAUGAACAAUCAGUUCCGGAAUUGUCUAAUCCAGCUGUUCCGAUGCAGUGAACAAGGUACUAUUAUAGACUCCAAUGUGAAUCCAGUUUCAGAGAGGGCAACACACACCAAAAAUGGCAGAGAGGUGUCCACAGUAGCAGCACAUGUUACUGCCUUCAACCAGAGAAGUGAGGAUGAACACAGCAGCUGCCAUUCUUUUGCCCAGUUGGCAAUUUCAGAAAACAAAGUUUGCCCAGUGUGA